AUGUCUUGGGUCGACGACUCCCUUCUCCUGGGGUGCAAGACUCGCCUUGCAGCCCUCGGAAUCGGAUGGAAGGGUCUUGAAAUCAUGCCUGUUUUGAGCAUUGCCGCUGGUUUGUUUCUCGCAUUCACACUUCAACUAGUAGUAUACCGUGCCUGGCUCCACCCCCUUUCCAAAAUCCCCGGUCCAGUGAUGAAUUCCGUCUUCAACUUUCCUUAUAUAUGGCGGAACAAUAUUCGAGGACUCUUCGUGUUUGACAGCGUGCAAGUCCACCGCAAAUAUGGUCCUAUUGUCCGCAUAGGCCCCGAACGCAUCCUGGUCGAUGGCGAGAUUGCAUGGCCACAAGUGUUCAGCAGGCGCAAGGCAGAUCAAGGCCAGUUCGAAAAGAUGAUGCCUACUCAGCCAGUCAUGGGCAACUCCAUGACCAACGCUCGGUACCACGUUCAUCUACGCCAACGCCGCCAUAUAAGUCCUGCCUUUAGCGACGCCUCCAUCAAGCAGCAAGAACCUGUUGUCAAAGGCUACAUCGAUCUGCUGAUGGAUCGCCUCCAAAAAGUAGCCGAAAAAGGCGAGCCAGUCAACAUGGUCAACUGGUUGAACUGCACAACAUUCGAUAUUGCCGGCGACCUCGUCUUUACCGAAUCCUUCCGCAGCCUGAGAAACAGUGCGGCUCACCCGUGGUUUGCGGAAAUAAUGGAGUCGGUUCGGUAUAUAUCGUUUCAGCGCUUCUUGGAUUACUAUCCUCUCGUGCGAAAGUUGGCCUCCUUGUUCGUCAGCACGCUUGGGGGCAAGGAGAGUCCAGGUCGUAGCCAUGCGAAACAAAAGGCGCAAAAACGCAUGGAUCUGGGAGAGGAAGGACCUCAGGGUCGCAAAGACAUGGUAUCGUAUAUGCUGCGCAAGACGCGGGAUGGUCAAGUUGUCAUGAGGCCAGAAGAAGUCUUGGAAAACUCGGUCAGUCUCAUCGUUGCAGGGAGCGAGACCAUGUCUUCGGCAUUAUGCGCAUUCUGGUUCUAUUUGGCCAAGAACCCUCGUGUUUAUGAACGGCUGGCCAAGGAAAUUCGACGUGCAUUCCCGUCCGAGGACGAAAUAAGAAUGCAAAAGGCUUCUCAGCUCGAGUACCUGCAGGCAUGCAUUAGUGAGGCUCUGCGCGUGUAUCCGCCAGCGGCCGAGACGCCGAGUCGAGUUUCUCCCGGAGCCUUAAUCGAGGGAGUCUAUAUUCCACGCGGAACUCUUAUUACCGUCUUCCAAUGGGCCACUUUCCGUAAUCCCAAACACUUUAGGGAACCAGAUUCUUUCAUACCCGAAAGAUGGCUGUCAUCCUCACACCCUCACUAUGAAGAGCGAUUCAAGGACGAGAACCAUGCUGUGUUCCAGCCGUUCAGCUUUGGCCCUCGCGACUGCAUCGGCAAGAAUCUUGCCCUCAAUGAGCUGCGACUCAUCAUCAGCAGAAUCCUGUUCAAGUUUGAUUAUGAGUUGUCAGAAGGUCAGGAUGACUGGCAUACCAAGCAGCGAGCGUUUCUCAUGUGGGAUAAGGGGCCCUUGAUGGUGCGAUUCAAGAAACGCCAAAUGACGGUUGGAGAAGCUUCAUGGUGA